AUGUUGUCAUCAAAUGGAGCCAAUGGAGGUCUUCAAAAACCAUUGCGAUUACGACGAGUUAAUCAUUCAGACGAGGUUGUCUCGGGAUUCAGUAAACUCCUUAAAACUGAAUCCAUGACAGAUGUUACUCUAAUAUGUUCAGGAGGACAAACAAUUAGAGCUCAUCGUGUUAUUUUAUCAACUUUUUCACCCUAUUUUAGGGCCAUCUUUGAAUCACAACCCUUCUCCAAUAAUCCUUAUGACAACAAAAGCAAAUCAGAAGGCAAUGAUAAUCCUAAUGGAGCAGAAAGUAGAAAUCAAGUUGAAUCGACUGAUGAGACUGUCGAUGUUGAUGGAAACACAGCUGAUGAAGCUGAAGACUUAACCAAUGCUAAUGAUGGUGAUGAAUCUGAAUUGAAAGAAUGUAGUGAUGAAAGUAAAGAAACUGACGAAGAGCAAAAAUCCAAAAGUCGACACAAGAAGUCUACUCCUAGGAAAACUGUCGCUUCUGAUGAUAUGGGUGACUCUUACUCUACUGAGAACGCUCAAGGAGAUGAAGAAGAUGAAGAUGGAAGGAAAAAAGAAGAAAAUUAUAUGAAUGAUGGUGGGUCAGACGAAGAUGAUGAUAGUCCAGUUAUUUUAAAAGCAACAAUCGAUGAUGUUAGUGAUUACAUUGACGAGGAUGAUCUAAACGAGGAAAACGAUGAUUAUGAGACAAGUGGAGGUAUUGAUAGAGAUGUUAUAUUCCAAAGGCAACAACAACUUAGAUUACAGCAAUUACAACAACAACAAAAGUACCAACAACAAAUGCAAUUCCAAUUACUUCAAGAACAACAAGAGGCCAAACUGCUUGAACUUCAUCAACAAUUACAACAAGCAACAACCAAUGAUACAAUUGUACCAGAUCAAGAUGACUCUGCACCAGAAUUGAGUUUAGAUUGGCAAGAAGGUUUUACAGAUGAAAGUUUCCCUUUGAUAACCGAUCUAAGAACAGGAUCCGCAGCUUCUUUAACCUCAAACAAUCGGUCUGGACUCGACAAGAAUGUUUCUGAUAAUGAUUCUACUUCUAAUAAUUGUAAACAAGCAAUGCCUGAUUUCCUCCAACCUCGAGGACCUGGUAGACCCAGAAAGGGUAACAAAUCAAACGAUAUCAGUCCAUGUCCAGAAUGUAAUAAGGUAUUUGUCCGACCUGAUGUACUUAAACUUCAUUUCCGUAGUGUUCAUCUCAAUGAAAGACAUCCUUGUAAUAUGUGUCCCAAAAUAUUCAAAUGGCCGGGUGAUUUAUCUAAACACAAAAGAACCAAACAUCCUGAAGCAAUGGCAGCCCUUAAUAAUCAAAAAAACCAAUCUAGUAAUAGUUAACCUCUGUUAAUGGAAAUUAAAACGUAACAAUUGUUAAUUUAAUUUAGUGUUGGCAUCUUCACCAUUUCAUUUCUACAUAUUACUCUUCCAUUCACUCAUCUUGUCUCCAUUUCAUCUUAUUCAUUUUCUUAUCCACCUGAAUCAUCCUGUUCAUCGUCAUGGCACCAAAUUACGGGCUUCACUUCAAAGAUUAAUAUUUUUAUUAUUGUUAUUUUGUCUUUUGAAAUUCUCUUCUUUAAGCUUCCAUAUAAAAUCUUAUGUAUAGAAGACUCCAGGUUAAUUGCCUCAAAAGAUCUACUCUAAACGCAUCCCAGGUUUCUUGAAACCAUUAAUAUAUAUCUGAUUAUUAUUUAUAAUUUUUUAUUUCUACCAGAGUUUUGCAAGAAAUUUAUCAAAUUAUCAAACUUAUACAAAUAAUAUAUUUUUUAUUUUUGAUGAAACAAUGAAAUUAUCAAAUUCAAACAAUAGCAACUCUUAAAUCCUAGUGAAAAACAAACAAUAAGUCAAUCAUCACCCUAUUGUUAGAAAAGACUUAAUUGUUACUUGAUUCUCAAUUGAAUCUCUUGAAGAUAAUUUUUUAAAGUAAAUCAAAUUUUUUGUAUCACCAAUUGCAAAGUCUAACUGAUAACUGAUUCCCAUACUUGGGUCACCAAAAGUUAAUGAAUGUUUAUAAUUAUAAUCGCUUCUGCUUAAUAAAGAGACUAUUAAUAAACA